CUCUGGAUAUUUGUAUAUAUUGUAUGUUUCUCUGGGUUCUGCUAAGUUGAGCAAAAGACCGAAGCCGGUUAAUAUAUCAGAAUGGAUAGACAGCCAGGGCCAGCUCACGCUCUACCUGAUGUAGUUAUUGAUUCUGCUUCUGGCAAUGGUCAUCCCUUUAACUAUCUUCACUUUCCUCAGGGACGCAGCACCAACCUUGUUCAGCCUACUGAUAACAAAGAGACUGGUAGAUGGAGCAAUCUGUUACUUGCAUACAAGACGCUAGGAGUAGUAUUUGGAGGGCUUGUAACAUCCCCACUGUAUGUAUAUCCAUCAAUGCAUUUAAAUUCUCCAACUGAAGAAGACUACUUGGGAAUCUAUAGCAUCAUGUUUUGGACUCUUACACUCAUUGGGGUUGUCAAGUAUGCCAGUAUUGCUCUGAAGGCAGAUGAUCAGGGUGAAGGUGGAACAUUUGCCUUGUAUUCUUUACUCUGUAGAAAGAUGAAUAUUGGAAUUGUUUCUUUGAAACAUUCUGAUAUAAACUCUAAUCAAUCACGACCUGUACUUCGUGAGAACACCAGAGGGAAGAGCAGACUUGGCAAACUUUUUGAAACAAGUAUUGUUGCCAGAAGGGCGUUGCUUUUCACUGCUAUGUUAGGCACAUGUAUGCUAAUUGGUGAUGGUAUUCUUACUCCUGCAAUCUCAGUGUUGUCUGCAAUGGAUGGACUAAGAGAUCCCUUUCCUUCAGUCACCAAAUCUUUAGUUGAAACUCUUUCUGCAGUAGUUCUUGUCAUUUUAUUCCUGCUGCAGAAAUUUGGAACCUCUCGAGUGAGUUUUAUGUUUUCCCCUAUCAUGGGUGCCUGGACCUUGAGCACUCCGCUUGUUGGCAUUUAUAGCAUUAUACAUCACUACCCCAGCAUAUUCAAGGCUUUAUCACCACACUACAUUGUCCAUUUCUUUCUGAGAAAUCGAAAAAAGGGCUGGCUGAUGCUUGGCGGUACCAUCCUCUGCAUCACAGGUUCUGAAGCAUUGUUUGCAGACCUGGGUCAUUUUAACAGAAGUUCCAUUCAGAUGGCUUUCAUAUUUACAAUAUAUCCAUCACUGGUUCUGACAUAUGCGGGACAAACAGCAUAUCUGAUCAAGAAUCCCAACGAUCAUAUGGAUGGAUUUUACAAGUUUAUACCAAAAACAGUUUACUGGCCUAUCUUUAUAAUAGCCACAUUGGCUGCAAUUGUGGCAAGUCAGUCACUUAUAUCAGCAACCUUUUCUGUGAUCAAGCAAUCUGUUGUACUGGAUUACUUUCCUCGGGUCAAGGUGGUGCACACAUCUUCCAAAAAAGAGGGAGAAGUGUACUCUCCAGAAGUCAAUUACAUCCUUAUGGUUUUUUGUGUUGCUGUUAUACUUAUAUUUGGAGAUGGACAAGAUAUCGGCAAUGCUUUUGGUGUUGUUGUUAGUCUAGUCAUGCUUAUCACAACCAUAUUGCUGACACUGGUCAUGAUCAUUAUAUGGAGAACGCCACCAUUGCUGGUUGCACUCUACUUCAUCGUCUUUUUUACAAUGGAAGGCGUCUACGUGAGUGCCGUUUUGACCAAAAUUUCUGAAGGUGGAUGGAUUCCAUUUGCCAUAUCUUUUAUUCUUGCCUUCAUUAUGUUUGGUUGGUACUAUGGGAGACAGAGGAAGAUUGAGUACGAACUAACUCACAAGAUUGACUUGGAAAGACUUAGAAUGCUAUUAUCUGACCCAGAGGUGCAAAGGGUUCCCGGAUUGUGCUUCUUUUACACAAAUAUACAGGACGGAAUGACUCCCAUCCUGGAACAUUAUAUUAAAAGUAUGAGAUCGCUUCACAAGGUCACUAUUUUUACAACACUUAGAUAUUCACUGGUUCCUAAAGUUGCUCCAGAAGAGAGGAUUGUGGUAGAAAAAUUAGGCCUUCAAGGAGUUUAUGCAUGUGUGAUUCAGUAUGGUUAUGCUGAUUUCCUAAACCUUGGAGGUGAUGACUUUGUUAGUGAAGUUAUCGAUCGCACAGAAAACUGCUCUAGUCGUUUACCUUGCGAUCCUUCACAGGUUCAAGAGAUCUCUGAAUUGAGACAGGAGAAAAUCGCUGGUGUAAUCCAUGUUCGAGGGAGGACAAGGUUUUACAUAGGCAAGAAUACCAGCUUGUUUGACAGAUUCAUGCUUGCCUUUUAUGAAGUGUUGCACAAUAACUGUAGGUCUGCACUGCCUGCUCUUGGGGUGCCACUGCAACAGCGACUUGAGGUUGGAAUGUUUUACAAGGCUUGAAAGAAGUGAUCGUAACAGGCACAUAAAAAUGGAAGUUUACUUGCCUGGAAAAAUUUACUGUAUAAGUUAAAGCUUUGACCAAGCUGUAUCGGAUUGUGGGUUGAUUCAUUUCCCAAUAUCUACAAAGCUAUUUCAUACUAGUAAUUAUACCAGUUUUUACUAGAAAAUUUUCAAGAAGUUCAAAAAACCAGCUCCUCUUAUUCAUGAUUAGUCAGGGGAGCAUUUAGAUGGGUUCCAUUCAGCAUUUUGGUUUCCAAGACCAACAGGACUUGCCCAUCGUUGCCAUAAACUUAGUAUUUUAGUUAGAACAGCUCUCUGAACAUUAAUGCAAUUUCCCUUAUUCACCUAUGAAGGAUAAGCUCCAAUGGAAAACUAAAAUCAUUUACUAAUUUUUUAUUUAAAUGGUUAUUCCCAUUAUUGGUUUACACAUAGAAAGGCUGUCUAGAUAAUUGUUCUUUAAUUAUCUUAAACACGGUUGAAAACAAGAUAGUUAUC